AAUAAUUAAAAAAAAAAAAAAUCUUUCACCUUAUCUAUUCAUUUCCCUCCAUUGUUUACCCACUAAAACACAGUAGGGGAAAAAGAAGCAGCAGCAGUGUGUGAGAGAAAAUGAGUUCUUCAAUUUUCAGCCCUUUGUCAGCUCCAUCUCACACAAUCUUGAAAUCGAAUCAAAACCCUCUUCUGAAUUUAGAUUCCUUUAUUCCAAAACGAGUUUCAUGUACCAGAAGAAGAACCCUUUUCAAUACUACAAGGGCUUCUCUUUCUACCACCAAAGAAACAGUCUUGAAGGAAUUUCAUCAAAGAAAAGCUCUCAAAAUUAUUUCUGGUUUGCAGAAUUUGGACAGAGAUAAUGUAGCUGCUGUUGUUUCUGCCGCAGAUAAGGGAGGGGCAACUCAUGUCGAUAUCGCCUGUGACCCGGAAUUAGUGAAACUUGCUAUUAGCUUGACUAAACUUCCCGUUUGUGUUUCUUCGGUAGAUCCAUCAGCAUUUCCAGCUGCCGUUGAAGCAGGAGCCUCAAUGGUUGAGAUUGGAAACUAUGAUUCAUUUUACGAAAUGGGCUUGACUUUCACGCCCGAGCAGAUUCUUGAUUUAACGAAGGAGACGAGGAGAAUUCUUCCACACAUUGCACUAUCAGUCACCGUACCUCAUACACUACCCCUUCCGGACCAGAUCAAGCUGGCAGAACAAUUGGAACUAGAAGGAGUUGAUAUCAUCCAAACCGAGGGUGGAAAAUGCUCUUCUCCUUCAAAGGCUGGUAUUCUCGGUUUAAUCGAAAAGGCGAGCCCGACACUUGCAGCGGCGUAUUCGAUUUCACGUGCAGUUCAAAUCCCGGUCAUGUGUUCGUCUGGACUAAGCUCCGUUACUGCACCGAUGGCUAUUACAGCUGGAGCUUGUGGCGUGGGUGUGGGGUCCGCUGUCAACAAGCUCAACGACAUUGUGGCGAUGAUCGCAGAAGUCAAAAGUAUAUCGGAGUCGUUGACUUUAUCGAACAACGGAGCAAAUGUGGUUCGUGAGAGCAGUUUAAGACUAUAAUUCGAAAAAAACUUCAAAUAAAUUAAUUAAAAAAAAAAAGAAUUAGGAAGUUUGAUGGUUUAUUUAGUGAGAGAAGAUAAGAAAUAAUGUUGUGGUAAUGGUGUUUUAUUUCAGAACUUGAUGUUGUCAUCAAAUGCAAAAUCCUACUAUAUAUGUACUUAAAAAUAAUUAUUUAUAAUAUUUGGUUAUAUUAGUGUGUGACAUUUCAAU